AUCAUGCUUCUUGACCCCUAAAUCACCUUUUCUCAUGUCCUUACAAGACAACUAAAGAAAACCUACAAAGCUAAUUCACACCCAUAUAUAUAUUUAUUAAAGAAUCCGAAAUCCAAGGUAUUCAAAAGCAGACCCUUUCAUUAUACUCUCUCACCUUUUAGCUUCAACAAUAAAUAAAGGCAUAAUAGACUCAUAAUAUUGUGAGAAAAAAAAUUGAAGGUGCAAAUUAUGGCUACUUCUAUGUCUUCUUUCUUACCUAUGAAACCAAGAGGAGCAUAUCUCAAGAGAUUCAACACACGUCAAGGGAUGCAAGUAAUAAAAUUACAAAACUAUCAAGAUGAAGGGAGAUCCACUGAUAUAGUAGAUGCGAAUUUGAAUGUUCUAAAGGAGAGGAUAGAGAUGGUGAAGGUGAAGGAAAGAUUUGAAAGGUGUUGCAAAUGUCAACAUGGUUGGAAUUAUGUCCCACUUUCUAUAAAUGAUCAUACAAAAACCAAAAGAGACAAAGAAUUGAGAAGCUUCAUUCAGUUGAUUGGUUUGGUUUUUGGAACUAUUGGUCUUACCUCUUUUGCUGGAACCUUUUUCCUUUGCCUUGUUUCAUUGCUUGCUCAUUUGCAAGUUGAUUUUUAAAAUGUAUUUAUCUAUUUUCUAUUUGCUUGCUCAUAUAGUUCAAUGAUUUUUUUUUCCUCCUUUUUUUUCUUCUAUUUCCAUAUUAAGUAUUAUCCAAUGGAAAACAAAAGUAUUAGAAUUAGAGAAUUCAAAUCUCUUUCGGGGUUAUAAGUAGUCUCGAGAUUGUUUUCAGUCACGAGAUAACAACUCGUAAGGAGCGCUUUGCAGCAUAUAUAGUUUUAAUUUAAUUCAAUUUGAAAACCUGUCUCUGUAAUUGAUUGCAACAAUACCCAUUUUAUAUUUAAAAAAUUAUGAUUUAUUUAUGGAAGAAACUAAGAGUGGGUUAUAAUUGCUUCUCUCUUGAGUGAAUUCUUAAACUUGUAGAAAUGCAUAUUUUGUCCCGGUUAAAUACAAAGUUUUAUUUUA